GGAUGGAUAAGUUUAUUCUAUUAUUAUAAAUGCCCCAAGCACCUUGUCUAUAUAUCUUCACUCAAAGCAAAUUGAGUUUGCCAUAACACUUUCAAAGCUAAUCAAAGCACUUAGAAAGAAUGGCUUCAAGGGCUUUGGCAACAACAGCUUUUCUCCUUACUCUCAAUCUUGUGUUCUUCAGUUUGGUGACUUCCACUCAUACCCCAAAAGGCUGCCCACCACCACCCCCGUCUCCUUGCCCACCACCACCUCCGGCACCGUGCCCACCACCACCAAAAGUUCCGACACCUUCACAUCCUCCCAGCAAAGCCACUUGCCCAAAAGACACUCUCAAGUUGGGUGUAUGUGCUAAGCUGCUCAAUGACCUUGUCCACCUAGUUGUCGGAACUCCACCAAAGACACCAUGCUGCACCCUCAUCCAGGGCCUUGCCGAUCUUGAGGCUGCCGUCUGCCUUUGCACUGCCAUUAAAGCUAACGUCUUGGGGAUCCACCUCAACGUCCCCGUCUCAUUGAGCUUGUUGCUUAACUACUGUGGAAAGAAGGUCCCCUCCGGCUUUCAAUGUGCCUAGAUCGAUUUACUCCAUCUUUAGAAUUAUCAAAGUACUUGUAUAUUUGGUAUAAUUAAACGUACGUUUAAUUAAUGGAAGGUACAAGAUACCCUUGUAAAGAAUCAUGGACCUACGUACGGUAUGAUUCAAGAAUAAAUAAGUUAUGUACUUGUAUUUUGCAAAUUCAUGAAUUUUACAGACACUCUUGUAUUUGGAUUUCUAUUACGUUUGGAAUUCAAGGAGUAUAUAAUA